GAUCUACACACUCUCGGAUGCAUGAUCCUUUCAUGCAAGUUCGUGCAUGAUGUCUUCAAGGCCCAUCCUAAGUCAACCGUGCGUGCCGUGCUGGAGAAUGUCGUCGGCCCCGGCCUCCCACAAGCAGUCAGACUCUUGCGUUGCGAGCGUAAUAACCUUUACCGGAAACCGGUUGAUGAGCUGCUGUCUGAGGAUGAGCUCUUUAUCAAUCCAAGCAUGACGCGCGAAGAGAUUGCGGCUCUCGCCAGCAGGGCUAAGAUGGUCAACGAAAUGGAAGAUUCGUUCAGCUGGAAAGUCAAAGACCGACGGUCUUCGAAGAGUCGCCUUACCUUCAUUGAACAGGUCCGCUUUCAUCAAGCCUUGUAUCGUCUGUGGUUAUUCUGCUCCAUGUACGGACUUGAAGCGAUCUCCGAAGAUGACAACGAGCUUUUCUCGGACACGGGUGUCCGGAGAAAAUUCUUUGCUGCAUUCUCAACUUCUCAGCUUGAAGAAAUCUUGGACGUUCUCGAGUUUCUGAACGACAUAGCUCAGCGUACUCUCACACGCGAUGGUGACCACAUUGAAUGGUCCGAUGCAUAUACUCUUGCUUCCGACUGGCUGCCAUUUUGCGGUCCUGAGAUACUCUGGGAGGUGCAUACGACUGGCUCAUGCGACAUGGACAAUCGAUAUGAGGAAAGUCUGAUCGAAGCUUCCGAAAAUGACAUCCAACCGAGUGCUUGCUUUUUUCAACUCGAAGAAAUCCUCAAGGAACGGAAGUCAGCGCGAUUUUCCUCCAAUAAAGACUCCAGGGGACUUCGUCGAGGUAUUCUGGACGAAGUAUAUGGCGCCAACGAUACUUGUGUACGAUGCCACGGGGAAACAGUCAAAGGCAAUGACCUUUGGUGCCAGAGAAAUUGGGCUAGACUUCCGAGUUAUGAAAGUCGUCACAGCCUUAAAAAUAGAUUGAAAGGAUGUCUGCGAUAUUCAAGUCAGGAAUGGGCGUUAAUGGGGCAGGCUUCCAGCAAUAUCGCUCACGAAGACUGGGUUAGUCAAGUGUUUGACUUGCGAAGAGGGGACUGGACUGCCAUAAGCCGAGAUGACCCCCUUUGCCUCCCGUGCCUUC